GUCACUGCCUGGUCGGUGAGAGGCCGGUAGCCACGAUAAGUCCGUGUUUUCAAUGAAAGCCGCCUCCUUUCUCCCCGACAUGCCUCACAUGCCCAGUGUGUUUCACUCUGCUGCGCCAGACGAUAGCUGCCUACCUGCACCUUCGGCUGACAGCCACUACGCCGUCCUGCAGGCUUCGUAUCAGCAGUGCGUGUCCCGUCAACAGCAGCAGCAUCACCGCCAUCAGAGCCAGCACGGUCACAUUCCCCACGUCGUGGCCCAGCACCCGGUUCCACAAGUACUCUCCAACGGCGACGUCUGUCAUCCUCGCGUCCACAAGCAGCAGCAUCGAGUACCGUCUUCGAACGGUGCUGAACAACAUUCGCCAAUCGGAGAGCAUCUGCAGGUAAUCGCCAAGCGCCAGCGAAAGCAGUCACAGCAGCAGCUGCAACACCAAAGCUUCAAGAGGAGCGACUCGGACGGCGAGUCUUCGUCUUCGUCCUCGGAAGGUUCGCGGUCGCGCAAGCGUCCCUCUCACAGCUUCGAAGAACUUCAGAACCAGCGCAUGAUGGCCAACGUGCGCGAGCGAGCGCGCACGCAAUCGCUGAACGACGCGUUCGCGUCGCUGCGCAAGAUCAUCCCGACCAUGCCGUCGGACAAGCUGAGCAAGAUCCAGACCCUGAAGCUGGCCUCCAUGUACAUCUCCUUCCUUUUCGAGGUGCUCAAGAGCGACGAGACCGAGAGCAAACUGAGCAGCCAGUGCAGCUUCAUCGCCAACGAGCACCUGAGCUAUGCCUUCUCCGUUUGGAGGAUGGAAGGCGAGUGGUCUACGCUCUGA